UUUUUUUCAGGAUACGACCUGAUAGAGUGGCUGAUGGAGCGCCUCGGAGUCGAAGAAUCCGAGGCGCUAAAUAUAGCGAAUCAAUUGUGUCAGUACGGAUAUUUUUUUCCCGUUAGUGAUACAAAGAAUUUGACGGUGAGGGAUGAUAGCUCUCUAUACAGGUUUCAAUCCCCAUAUUAUUGGCCAUGGCAAAACAGACCGCCGGACAAUGUAGAGUACGCCAUCUAUUUAGCAAAAAGAACGCUUAGAAAUAAACAACGGCAUGGCUUGGAAGAUUACGAGUUGGAAACACUUGGAAGUUUAAGGAAGAAUUUGGCUAAUAAAUGGGAUUUUAUCACCAUGCAAGCGGAGGAGCAGGUUAAAUUGGCGAAAGUGUUAAAGAAAGGAGAUAAAAUUGUUAGUGAUUCCCAAGAGAGAGCGUACUGGCGUAUACAUCGACCUCCACCUGGAAUGGUGAGUUCCUUGGAGCAAUGCCCCGUGCCCAAUAGAUGUAGGAAUGGAUCGAGAGUGCGAAAAAGGACCAUUGAGGAUUGCAAAAGAGAGGUUGAGUUGCUCAAGAAUAGUUUACUAAGGACGCGAGUGAAAGUAUCGCAAGCCCUAGAGAGUAUGAUGCAACACGUUGAGACAUAUGCUGAAUACGAUCCUUUGAUUGUAAACACGCAACCCUCGAAUCCUUGGGUGAGCGAAGAUCUAACGUACUGGCAACUCAACAGUCCUUUAGUUGAAAUACCAACGGAAAAGCGUGUUAGAAGGUGGGGUUUAUCAAUGGAGGAAUUAGUAUCGGAUCCAACAGGUAUCCAGGAGUUCACGAAUUAUCUUAGAAAGGAAUACAGUCACGAAAACAUACGGUUUUGGAUGGCGGUCAAUGAUCUGCGCCGUUCCUCUCAGUCUCAAAUACAACGAAAAGUUAGCGAAAUUUUUGAUGAGUUUUUGGCACCUGGCGCUCCUUGCGAAAUUAAUAUCGACGGAAAAACAAUGGAGAAGGUACACCAGGAGAUGAAAUCUCCCAGUAGAUUUACGUUUGAUGCGGCUCAAGAACACGUUUACACUUUAUUAUUGAAGAAAGAUUGUUAUCCGAGGUUUAUUAGAUCGGAGUAUUAUAAAAGCCUUCUUGCUUCUGGUAUUCAACCUUCUCAAAAGAAACGGUUUUUCGGGUUUGGUCCGACGAAAAAGAAAGCAUCGACCAGUAGCGCACCAAAUCCUUCUCUCCUGCAACAGCAAGCACCUCCAACUACCAUCGUCGGCUGUGGCGCUCUUUCAAAACGCAGGGGAAGCGAUCGAAGCUUGUCGGGAUCGGCACACGAAUUGGCUAUUUCCGGCGUAAGGGACACGCGCGUGCCGCACUCGCACUCUCAAAGUAAUCUCAGCGAUAUUCCAUACAGGGGUGACCUACCAAGCCAGUCUAAGGGCUCGAGCGCACCACUACCAAGUCCGGCGGAAGUUAACGACGAAUACGGAGGAACCGAUCCGGAAUCUUCGUGUAGGAUUAAGAAGCCGCCGAGUGUAGCGGUCGUGGCGAGCGUUUCGACGUCGGAAGACGUGUGCCCUUGGGAAGUGACACCGGAACCACAUUCUAGAAAGAAUUCGUCGCAAAUGGAUUCGUGUAGUUCCUCAUCGGAUAUAAGUGCGGUCGUAACUGAGGUGUCCGAUCGAUUCCGACGCACGUGUGGAAUUACUCAGCAGAGUACAUUGGAUGGUGGCCAGUCAAGUAGAAAGCUGUCGACAGUUUCUUUCGUAGAACAACGUCGUGCAUCCGUUUCGGUGCCAAUAAGGCAUUCCGACAUCAGGCCUUCGGUGUCUUCCUUUGAGGAGAGCAGCCCUGCGGUUUUUGCCGCGCCAGUCUCCCUUGCAGUUGCUAGUGAUACGGACAAUAAAACCGAGGAAUUUACUUCCACUAAAACUUUCAAAAAGAGUUGUAGUCUUACGAAAACUUGCUCCGUUACCGGCGCGAACGCUCCCAUUAUAAGUGUAAGUUCAGUGACAGACGAUACAGUGGCAGAUUCGAUUGAGCACAAAGAAGACGACGAGGCAGAGUCAAGUCUCAGUCUCCCGUUGGCUCCUCUUGCCGAACCGGACGCCGAAUCGGCAAGUAGCGAUACACCGUUGGAAACCGAAUCCCGUCCAGAACCCGAGGCAAAGAGUAACGAUGUGUGCCCGUGGGAAGACGAGGAGACAUGCAAAGUGGACGCUCCUUUUGUCAAGACAUAUGCAACUCUUGGUUAUCUUUAAUACAUCCUGCUACCGCAUUCCUCACUUCAGUUAUUUGCUCACUACUAUAAUCGAUCGACUUUUGAAGUUCGACCAAGUUUUUGGCGGCGGGUACGUUUCCGAUGCUACACGAAAUUCAAAAUUAGAAUUUUGUCGCGGCGGCCCCGGGCGCAAAUGCGACCUGCAUGUUACAUGCGCGGAAAGGAUGAGCAAUCGUCGAGACUAGAUCGAAUAUCGGGAGCUUACUUGUGAGCCCUUUAAGUUUAUCCGAUGUCGAUUUCUUUCGCAAUUGUUUCUCCUCGACGACUUGUAAACUAUGCACAGUCGUAUAUAGUCAGAAUUUACACUGGGGUUACAAAAUUUAAAUGUUUUCUAUCUAUAUACACACGCAUUCAAUAUUGUCGAUAUAAUGAAUGUUAGCUUAGAACUUAAGAUCAAUUUAAUUGAAAAAAAUUCGUGGAAGGAUUAGUAUGCGGUGCAGCUUCUAAUCUUUUACUAAAAAAAAGUUGAUGUAUUUGCAUGUUAUGUCAUAUAAAUAUUAGUCGGUAAUACAGCUUCAAUAUUCUAUUGCACGUAUAACUAGCACACGCACAGUGUUUACGUAAUGUUUAUGUAA